CAAACCGGAAGCUGUAUCAGUACCCCUGAGUAACAACAACGAAUGAUGGCGGGGGAUACUUCAACAGAGCUUCUGUUUUUAGAUACAUUUAAACAUCAGAGCGCAGAGUUGACCAACGUAGACGUGGUGCGUUUCCCACGCGGCGUUUUGAUCACAGAGGUGCGAGUAAUUCCGCCGGGAAUCAAAGCACACAGCAGUUUACCCGACUGUAGGGCAUUUGGGGAGACAUCUCCCCAUGCCUUCCAGUUGGAGCUGUUCUUCAACAAUGUCACCAAACCCAACAGCCCUACGUUCCUUCGACUGGGCAGUCUGGAAUAUGAUGAAAACAAGUCCAUCAUCUUCAGGCCCAGUGGAAAGGUGAACACAGACGGGCUGGUGCUGCGGGGAUGGUACACCAGCCUGACGGUGGCGGUGUACGGUACGGCAGAACGAUCACAUGGACAUGACCGGGACUCCCCCCCUCCCCCUCCCCCCCCACCCCCACAGCAGCAGGGCGGAGCCAAGAGGGUGAUGAAGCAAGAGUGGGAUAAAGAGGAACAGUACAACGGCAGCCCCCCUAGACCAGCCCCCCGGGGGCCCCGCACCCCCCCAGGACCCCCUCCCCCAGACGAUGAUGAAGAGGAGCAGGUCCCAGUGGCAGUGGGGGUGGCGGUCAAAACGGAGUCAUGCUCGGGGCGUGAAGACUCCCUGGAGGCUGUGACCCCUGAGAGGUCACUGCCCCUGGACGAAGCCUACUCAGAUGCUGAGCCGGAGGGGGAGGGGGAGGAGCCAGAGGAGGAGGAGGAGCCAGAGGAGGAGGAGGAAGCACGGACAGACGAAAGUGUUCCAGAUGAGGAGGAGGACGAGGAAGAUGAGGGUGAGGAGAUGGAAGAGAUGGAGGAAGGUGAUGAUGGCUAUGAACAGAUCUCCAGUGACGAGGAUGACCUGGACAACAGUUUCAAGCUGCCCAGCUUCGACAUGGACUACACCCCCGAGGACCUGGCGUCUGUGCCCCCCGUCCAGUACGACCCGUACGAGCGCCAGCUCCGCCCCCUGCUCUUCUUCACCCCCCCCUACAAGACCCGCUUCGACACCCAGCUGGAGAAGGCCAGGGGGGGAGCCGCGCCUGGGGGCGUGGAGGGGCCCGAGGCGGAGGCUGUGGCCCAGCUGAGAGAGCUCCUGGCUGGGAUUGGAGAAGACAGGGGGGCUGGCUGGGUCACAGCUCUGGAGCACGCUUCUGGACUACUGGCGAAAGGGCUCGGCUGUUUAAUUGGACAAGGGGAGGGAGAGUGGGAGGAACCUUUAGGGGCUCUGGUCCAAUGGGCUCUUCAGGGUCUGAGUAUGGAUAUUGCUCUGACCCAACCCAUCGCACUGAACCUCAGACAGCUGAAAGCUGGUGCUAAGCUGGCAUCCUGCCUGGCCGAGUCCCCGCAGGGCCUCACGGUGCUGCUGCGGGAGGGGGCCCUGGGCCUCCUGCUGGAGCUCCUCCACAGGGAUCACAUCUCAUCCACACUGAAGCUGAGCAUACUGAGGGCGCUGGAUGCCUUGACCAGCGCCCCUGCUGGUGUGGAGGCCUUCCUGCACUCAGAGGGAACACAGAGGAGUGGCUACCAGCGUUUGGUUCAGCUGUUCCUGCGCGAGGAGACAGUGAGGGUGGUAACCGCUGGCAACGCUGUGCUGCAGAAGAGCCACGCCUACGAGGUGCUGACUGACCUGCAGCGCACGGCCGCCGCCUGGAGCGAGCCCCCGCAGGAGGAGAUGGAGGAAGCUGAAAGCCCCAUGGAGGAGGAGCCAGUGUUAGGCCCCUCCCCUGUGAGUGAGGCAGAGCUGGACAGGAUGGCAGGGGUUCUAGAGGAGCUGCACCACUUGUUGGAGACGGCCCCCCACAGCAUGGUGCAGCCCCCUGGGAAAGCCUUCCCCACCAGCGCCCGCAUCACCGGCCCCCAGGAGAGAGACGACCCCUACCCUACCCUGUACAGGUACAUGCACGCGUGUCACUUCCUGGAGAGCAUGGCGGUGGUGCUGUCUGCAGGGGCAGGGCACGUGGGCCUCACUCAGGCCCUCCGAGAGCUCCUACGCUUCCUGUCUCUCACCCAAUCAGGACUGCUGUUUCUCCUAGCCCAGCCCACUCCAACCAACCUGAUUCUUCGUCUCUUAGCAACUGUCGCCGAGGCUGAGGGGGAGGAGACUGUGUUUUCCGGUAGUGACGGGGGGUACAGUGGGCCCUGGUUGGGUGAGGAGGGUCUGGGGGCGUGGCUCAUGCAGGCUCUGCACGCACUCCAGAGCGUGUCAGAGCUGAUGAGUCAUGUGGCGGCGGGGGGUGAGGGCGGGGAGGGGCUGGAGGAGGGCGACAGUGCGGACGUGCUGGGCAUGCUCCAUGCCCUCUACCUCAUCACCUUCACACAGACGGGCCGCAGCGCAGUGGCCCACGUCUUCAGCCUGGACCACAACCUGACAUGCCUGCUCACCCUGCUGCAGCACCACGGCAAGGACAGCCUGGGAGAAGCUAAGGCCAGGAAGGCGGUCACCUAUAACUACGCCUGCAUGCUGCUGCUGGUGGUGGUGCAGACCUCCAACGACCUGCGCAUGAUGGAGCAGUCAGCCAGCCUGCUGCUGGCCCACGCCAAGACUGACGACACCAACACCAAGCUGCAGGAGCUAAGUAAGUGGCUGGAGCCUUUAGAGAAACUUCGCUUUGACAUCAGCAGCAUUCCUGCCCUCAUAGACUACAUUAGACAGAACCUGGAGAACAUGCUGACUCUGGAGGGAACUGGCAUGGUGACUGCUCUCAGAGUCCUCUCCCAGCUCGCCUGUCCUCCGCCUGCAGUAGAGGGCCAACAGAAGGAUCUCAGGUGGAGUUUAGCCGUCAUCCAGCUGUUCUCGGGUGAGGCUCUGGACAUGUGUGUGCGUGUUCUGCAGAAGCUGUGCAGCGUGCUGCUCCAGCCCUGGCGGGUCCAUGGCCACAUGGGGCCCACGCCGCCGCGCUUCCUCAUCCUCAGCGUGUGUGUGAACACGCUCCGCCUGCUUCGCUCCAUGCUGAUGGAGCUGCUGCGGGGCGGGGCCUUCCAGUUCAGGGACACGCGUGUGGCCAGCGUCCUCGUCUCCCUGCACAUGAUCGUGUGCUCAGUGCCGGCGUCUGGGCGGCUGGACGGAGAGGAGAGCAGGGUGCAGGCGCUCAUCGUAGACGUGCUGCUCACCUUCACCCAGGGAGUCAGUGAGCAGGUGACCCACACGGAGGAGACCCUGGCCAGCAACACGUGGUCCCUGAUGUUGAGGGAGGUGCUGGGCUCCUUGCUCAAGGCUCCUGAGGCUAUCUUCUCUGGCCUCACCCUGCUGUCAGAGCUGCUGCCUCUGCCCCUGCCCAUGCACAGCACCCAGGAGAUCUCGCUCCAGGAUGUGGCAGUGGCCCUGAACACCAGGAAGCUGUGGAGCAUGCACCUGCGUGUGCAGUGGCGGGGGUUUUCCGAGGCGUUGAAGUGUGUGUGUGGCACCAGCUGCCCCCCCCUGCUAGCCAUGCUGCGCCGAGUGUGUGUCCAGCUGGCUGACCUGUCCUCACCCACAGCCUCCCUCAUCAUGAACACCCUGCUGGAGCUGCUGCUGGGGGAGCUGCAGCAGGUGGAGGGGAAGUGUGUGUGCUGGAACCAGGUCCUUCGUGUCCUGUCCCUAUUGGACGCCCUGGUGUCUCAGAGAGCCUGUAAGAGCGCAGCUCUGAACCUGCUGGCCAGCAUUGCCCCUGGAGACGAGCCACCAUUGGCCGACCUCUUCCCCUUGCUGCUGUCCCUAUUGGCUGUCCCGGCUGACCCCUCCCUCCAGCAGCAGCACUGCAGCGAGCUGGUGGCAACCAUCCUGCAAUCUCUGUGUGACCAGGACAUCUCCCUGGUGCUGUCGUCUCCGGGGGAGGGCUGUGUCUCCGAGGUGGAGCAGCUGGCCCACGCUCUGCCGGGGAGGGAGCUGAUGCCAGCGGUGUGCAGCGCCCUGCUGGAGGCUGCUGGAAACCCCGACAGCAGCCCCGCCCUCCUGCUCACCUGCAUCAGAACCCUCAUGUUCCUCACUGAGCACGACUAUGGACUGUACCACCUUAAGGGGGCUCUGAAGAAGCAUGGUGCAGGUUUGUGUUCUCUGUUGAAGAGACAGACGCUCUCCUUCAACAAGGACUCUACUGAGCUGCUGUCCGCUGUGCUGGACCUGCUCCGACAGACCCUCCACACCGACCCACUGAGCUGCCUGGGGGAGGAGGUGCAGAGCUCUGGGGAGGAGGUGCAGAGCUUCCCCUCCCGCUCGCUGGCCCUGACCACCUCGGAGAUGAAGGCUGUGCUGCAGUGGGAUGAAUCUGACUCUCAUCCUCUCACAACCCUGGAAAAACACAUCACGAAGCUCGGCAAGGAGGAUGAUGUGUUGGAGGCUCUGCUGGAGAACGUGAUUGGUUUGAGACAGAUGUUGAAAAGCUCAGCAGACACAGCUCCUUCCUCAGACACUGAGCCUAUUCUGCCCGCCCCUGAAUCCCUAUUGGUCCAGUUCAACCACAGGACUGUGUUCAUCCUGUCUGAAGCUGUGGAUGAUCAGCUGAAAGCUCUGUGGUUCUCCCCCUUCCACACUGAUGACUUGGAGGCUGAGCUGCACACUGUGAAGGUGGACCUGGUGGGUCUGGCUCAGGAGUGCUGUCCUGACCUGGACCUGAGGGCCGAGCUGGAACACGCCUUCCUGUCAGAGCCCUCCUCCCCUGGGCACAGCAAGAACCCCAAGAACCUCCGCCUGGGCAAACACAAGCACGAGACCUUUAUCACCUCCAGUGGGAAGUCUGGCUACGUGGAGCCGGCUAAGAGAGCUCACAUCAUGGCGGCGCCGCGCGGCCGGGGGGGUCGGGGGGCCUUUGGACAGCUGUGCCGUCCUCACGACAUCUUCCGCCAGCGCAAGCAGAACACCUCGCGGCCUCCCAGCAUGCACGUAGACGACUUUGUGGCGGCGGAGUUCAAAGACAUUGGAACACCUCUGGGGCUGCUGCCCCCCAAACGGCCCCCCAAGAGCUCCCCCAAGCCCCCCACCAGAGGCCUGUUCAUAGGGAACCGAGGGGGGGGAGGAGGGGGGAGAGGAGCAGCCUUCCACGGCCAGACACGCUUCUUCACUCCACCACAGCCCAAAGGAGUGCUGCUAUCUGGUAACUAUGCUCGUAGAGAGGGGGGGCGUGGAGCCUCGUGGAGCGGUCAGAUGGCGGCCCCCCCCCACAGAGCCACGUACAGCGAGCCCCGAGGAGGACAGAGUAACUUCACACGUGGCCCCAUCCCCUCCAGACAACCCCCCACAGGUGCGUAUCGUCUGGCUCCGCGGGACCGCGCUCCAAGAGGCCGAGGAGGAGCAGGCCUGUCGUGGAUGGGAGGAGGAGGGGGGGGAGGAGGAGGAGGGGGGGGGGAGGAGGAGGAGGGGGGGGGGGGAGGAGGAGGAGGGGGGGGGGGAGGAGGGAGAGGCUCUCAGGGGGGCAAGUUUAGCAGCGGGGGAGGAAGUGGGGGAGGCAGGGGGAGACAUGUGCGCUCCUUCACCAGGUAAACUCACCUGGACAAUGACUGCUGUCUGCCAUGGGGCUUAUGGACCAAUCAGAACAGUGAGUGUAGACCAUCUCCAAGGAAACGUGUCUUUCGUGCGAUUAUGAGUGACGAUGUGGACUUUGUGUUGAUGUUUUAUGUUUUCUUAUUUUACAUUGUGUUCACACUCAAUAAAGAUUUGUGAAUUAGGA